GGACGGCGGUGUUGAGAGAGAAGGAAGGGAAAGCUUCCGCAUCGCAUCCUUGAAAAAACUGAAAAGAGAAGGGGAAAAUCCCCAACUCCUCCCCACAUAAACCCUAAUAUCCUUGGAUUCGCACCAGAAGCCCCCCGAAUCGAAGCCCCCUCCGGCGCUCCAGCUGCCUGCAGGAGUUGAGCCGUGCUCGAUCUGGUGGAAAAAUCCAGGUUUUUCCGCGCUCAGAGCCGCGUCGGAGCGCUUCGGGUUCUCCGGUGCUCGCCGGCGCUGGAUCCGUGCGUGUUCCGGCGAGAGGUCGGGUUUCGCGUGGGGUCGGUUCCGCUUCGAGCUCGAUUCGCCCGCUUGAGUUGGGUCGCGGCUGCCGUGGCGGUGAUUGAGGUAUACCAUUCUCGGAUUUGCUUGCUGCAACUCUUGAUUUGAGAGGCCCUGUUGAUUUCUUAUGGUAGUCGCGUCGAUUUGACGGGUGCUUCUUGCCAUUUUGGCGAGCCAUUCGGGGGACCGAAGGGUUCGCCGCAAGGCAGCAGCGUUUCUUGAUAAUCCUGGGCCAUUUGCGUGGCUGAAAGGCGUGACCUUUGUGCCGUGCGAUGCACCCCAAGGCUCGAAUCCACGCGGACCCUGUGCUCGAGGUCGACCAGUUCGACUGCCUGCCGGAUUCGCUCGUCCUGCACAUCCUGAACAAGGUGGAGGACGUGCGGUCGCUGGGCCGGUGCUUCGCCGUCUCGAAGCGGUUCUGCGGGCUUGUCUCCCUCGUCCACGAUGUGUAUGUCAAGAUUGACCGCGUCGUGGCGGUCGAUGGCGACGCCGAGGACACGCUCAACCUGUCCUCGCCGAAGCCUCGGAACAUCUUCUCGCACUUCCUGAAGCUGAUGCUCUUCACAAUCAUCAAGCCGUUCCACAACAUGCGCAACCCGAAUGGUAAUGGGAGGCCACUGUUCGCGCAGCUCUCACAGCACUCCCCAGCCCAGGUGCUCUGGAACUUCACGCACAUCCGGAAUCUUCGGGUUGAGCUCCCCUCUGGGGAUGUGGGUACCGAGGAGGGAGUGCUCCUGAAAUGGCGGGCAGAGUAUGGGAGUACACUUCAGAGUUGCGUGAUUCUGGGCGGUACCCGAGUUGAUCGCAGGCCUGUUGGUGGAGAGCAAGAACCAUCUUUGGAGGAUAAUGGAAGCAUGCCAGAGUCUUUCUAUACCAAUGGUGGGCUGAAACUCCGUGUCGUCUGGACAAUCAGCUCUCUGAUUGCGGCAUCAACGAGACACUAUCUUCUCCGGUCAAUUAUCAAGGACCAUCCCACACUUACAAGCCUGGUACUAACUGACGCCGAUGGCCAAGGCACAUUAUGCAUGGGGGCGGAACAGCUGAAGGAGUUCAGGGAGAACCAGUUAUCAGCCUCAGCAUGCUCCAACAGGACUCAGGUCCCAGCCUGCAACAUGAAGCUUAAGUAUGCCCCAUAUCUCGAGCUGCCUGGUGGUAUAGCGUUGCAAGGUGCUACGUUGGUGGCUAUCAAGCCAUCAACUGAGGGAAGCAAUGGAGGCCAUACCUGCCGUAAGGAAACUGAUGCUUUCAUCUCUGGAGCAUUUGAUGGGCCAUUCAAGGUUGCUGUGAAGGCGCUGAUGAAGAGACGUACUUACCUUCUCGAGAUGAAUGGCUUCUAGGUGUCCCUAGUUUUCUGGGGGUAUCUAGCAUGGUGGUGCCAGGCAUGGCACCUUUAGUUGACCUUUCCAUCUGUGUAAUAUCCAAGAUGGCGCCAUCUCUAGAUCUCUAGAUUGUGCCUAUCUGCUUUUUAGCUCUUUGUACAGUGGUGACGUUUGGCUAUAUGAAAAUCACAUAAGUUAGUGUAUCCCUUUUUUGCUCACCAUUCUGCAUCCUGAUGCCAUGUGUGAUACUGUAAUGUAUCCUUCUGUCAACUCUUUCCAGUGAUGAA